AUGAGAGAAAAUCAAGAUGCUUUGGGAGUUUCGUUUAGUCGCUCCACCAAGAUGAUUCAGAUAAGGUGUAAUGGUCAUACAAUGGAGGUCUUGUUUUCACAUCCCGACACUAUAUACGAAUAUAAAUGUCUCUGUGGCACCUCGGAUGACCAUGAAACAUGGAGAGAUCCACCAUCAAAAGAAGAUGCAUCCACCUGCGUGUCCAGCACCACCAGCCACACCCCCACAUGUUGCCACGCGCAACCCGCGUACAACCCCGGUGACAUCGAAGACAGAACGCGCAACUCCCAGGGAUCGCGUAUGAUUCACCCGGAAAACCAGACAGUGCACCAAAGCAGACUACGCGACCUGCGUAUGUCGCCAGUGUAUCCUGCGUCUACCCAGCCACCAGACAGCGCGAGCCUCGACAACCCCACGACCAGACAACGCGAGCCUCAGCAACCAUUCACAGACCGCGCGAGCCUCGGCCACCAGCGCACCAGACUGCAGAACCUUCGGCAACUAGCCACCAGCGGACCCAGACGAGCCGUUGUGAGUCUGGACCACCUUCAGCAGCUCGGGUACGAUCCGAUAGCAGUACAAAAAGCCCAAGGAAAUGCGAGACCUGACUAG